AUGUCACAAAGUACUAAUCAUGCUAUUGAUAUUAGUGAACUUAGUUAUGAAGAACGCAAACAACUAUUUCUUGUAUUAUUGGAAGAUAUAUCUCUUAUUAAUGUUUUAAGUUCUGAAAAGCGUCAUAAAUUAUAUACAGAGCUAAUAACCAUUGAGCCUUCACUUGCAGGAUCAUCUCUAGAUGCACGUAGUGCUGUGAAUGGCACUACUAAUGAACAGGAAUAUAGAGAAUAUAAGCAAAUUCAAAAGCAAAAUAAAAAAGAGUUCCAAUGGCAUGAAUUCUUGAAACUUGAUAAGCAGCAAUACUUAAACUUUAGGAAUGAUCUUCGAAAUCGUGCAGCCUCUAGACUUACUCGUGGUGAACCAAUGUCCCAUCAGCAAAAGGGGAUAGUUGAAGAGAUUAUUAAAGAUUUCAAAGAAGCAAACCCAACAUUUCCAGUUUCCGAAGCUAACUUUAUAUUUCGUGAAUGGCUUGCUUUGUACUGUAAUAGUACUGUUGACCAAGCCAAAAAAAAGAAAAUUGCUGAUGCAAAAGAACAUGGUCUUCCACUACCGCAGCCAAAAAAGAAAAAUAUCAAACCACCUAAUAAUAAGAAGCGUAACAUGAGUGAUUCUAUUACUGGUAGCUUGCAAGCUUCUGGAAGUACUUCAACAAUUAUUUUACCAACUCCCAUCUCCAAAGCUAAUACGCAAGGUACUGAGGAUCCACCAUCUCCCACUCCAGGUGAAGUUAAUACUUCUGAAACUGAGGACAAUGCUCUCCAUAUUACGCCUGUUAUGGAUAAAAUUGCAGAAACUUCUAAUAAAAAAAGAAAAAGGAAAUCUUCACAAACCCCAGUAAAAACUCCAAAAACUUCACGAAUAACAAGAUCUUCUAGCAAGAAAACUGAUUAG